GUCCCUCUCCCUCUCCCUGACUCCCUCCUCUCCUCGGAGCGGGCGGUUCAAAAAUUUUCAAAUCCCCCGACCCGAAGUCCCCAACGGCAAUUCCCCAUCUCCCACUUUCCCAAGCCCAUCCCCACGUCUCCCCGACGCCGCUGUUUCAUCAGCCCCUCCUCCCUCGAUCGCUCCAACCACGCCAGCAGUCGCAGGAGCCAUGGAUCCCCAGCCCACCCCCUUCCCAGGGAAGCGCCGGUCGGUUGCCGCGCCUGCGCCGUCGGCAUUGAAAGCGGCGGCGCCCAAGCCCAAGUCCAUUGCCACGACGCGCGCGGCGAGGAUGGCCACGAGGUCGCCGACGGGCAACGCCGACGCCGCCCCACAACCACGGCUGCCACGGCGUGCUUUUGGCACCACCAGGAGCGGCAACGCUAUGGUCGAGAAGCCACCUCCGCCUCUGCAUAAGCCUUCGAAGGUGUCGCCGCCGCCGCUGAAGAAGCCUGCUAAGCUGUCUCCGCCGCCAUUGCCAAAGCCUUCUAAGCUGUCACCACCAGCAAUGCAGAAGCCUUCGAAGAUGUCGCUGCCGAAUCCGGUCAGGGCGACAAAGACGUCCAGACUUACAGCGAAGCCUUUGAAAAAAGUCACCUCGGGUGCGGAUCUUAAGGCGAAGGCCAAGAAGAGGAGCCAGCGAGUGAGCUUCCAGGAGGCUGCUGUGGGGGCGGCGGCCCCGAGUGGAGAGAAGCUGAAAGCUUAUGCUGACGACGUGGUUGGGCAUACGCCAAUGGUGGCUAUGAGAACCGGAGAGAAGCCAGCAAAGGUUUUGGCUGCAGAGACGCCCUUCUUUAGCGCGCAGAAUUGCAGCAGUUGGACGCUUGAUCAGCUUGAGUCGGCAACAUACUGGCUAGCCCAGAUCCAUAUGGCCGAGUCGGUUGGGAAACACUGGGUUGCUGCGGCAUUCUUUCGCCUUGCGUUUGAGUGCCAAGCUCAGCCAAUUCACAGGAUCCAAAGUGAGCUCAGAAGUUACACUUUGCGCCAUGAGAGUGCUGGCAUUUUGACCCCUUUAUUUGAUGAGCUUGUCACUGCCCAUGGCAAGCUAGUGAGCCAACCAAAGUUUGACACUGAUGGCUGUGAGAAGACGGAUACACCUAUAGCAAGCAAUGCAGUAGACAAAAACAUUGACACGGCCAAACUUAAAGUAGAUGAGUGCCUGAAGUGUGACCUUGUUGAUGUGGGUGCUAUCAUUGUUGACAAGCAUGAUGAAGAUGCCAUGGGCCAACCAAGCUUUCAGAGGAAACUGAACGAGAGUUUUGAGUUUGAUGGCUCUGAGGCUGUGAUCGUGGACCAGUUGGAUGAAGCAAACUUUGAUGUACUGAAGAAUGCCGAGAUUGAAGUUCCUUGCAGCAAUGAAAUAAUCCAGUCAGCAUGCAGAUCCUCCACUGAAAAAUAUAGUCCGAGAGAAUCUAUAGCAGCAAUGGCUUCUUCUUCUGGACGCCUCUCAUUGGAUAACCCUUCAGAUAAAUUGUCUCCCGGCGUGGGAAGUUCGUCCUCAAAGCGCUUAUCUUCUGGUAGCUCUUUUGACAAGAAGUCUCCCUUGUCGUCAAAGAGGCUAACAUCCAGUUGCCCUUCUUAUAAAAAAUCUGCUUUCAUUAUAGACCUAUCUUCAGAGCAGAUGCCAUCUGGUAGCCAUUAUGAUGCGAAGCACGAUGCUAUUGCUGGAGCUGGUGAUCAUGAGAGCAAAGUGACUCAAGAUGUGGCAUCGGAGUAUCCUGCUUAACAUGAUCAGCUUAAGUCCAAAGGACCUGUGGAUGCUUCUGCCAAUCACGAGGUGUGUCCUGCUGCUUACUUUUAGGGUCAUAGAAAAGCUACUGUUGAUGGAUUCCUGGUACCAGUUUUUAUUGCUGCUGGUGUUGGUAUGUCUGUUUCACAAUUGAGGUGUGUAACUUCAUGAUACUUGAAGAUGCAAUAGCAACUGGAGCCUGGAGUCAGCACUUGCCGUAACAGCAAUAGGGCUGCUAAUAAACUUCGAUGUUACUAUGUUAGAGUGAUUGGUGUAGGCAUGUAGUUUGUGCUUGUACAUGCAGUCCAUUUUUAGUCUGGAGCUUUGCUUUGCUUGCUUUGAUCCGGGAAUAGGAUCAUCUGUGCGCUUGUCCCUGCAUAUGGUUUUCUUUAACCAGUCCAAGAACAUGAUGUGUGAACAAAGGUCGUCAUGCUCAGAUGACCUCUGUGUGGUUUUCCCCCCUUCCGGUUAAUUGUAUUUGUAUGCUUGCUUAGCAUAGUAGAAUUGUGGUCUCCCUCUGUUUAACUUUAAUGUGGGAAUCUUUUUUGUUUUUGAAGCGACAAUGUAGGAAUCAUUGAAACCUUCAGGUGUGGACUUUGAUGUAAUAUGCACGUCAUUAUUGUUUGAAACGUGUUACAAUGUAGAA